GAGUUGAAGCAUUUUGAGGAAAAUAGAUAGAAAUGGGAAAACGAUGUCACGUGAAAAACUGUCAGAGUGGACACACUAUAGAUGGUGUCACGGUAUCCGACUACUCAGUUUUCAGAGUUCCGCAAGACCCCAAUUGUCGCGAAAAGUGGCUAUCAUUUUUAAAAUUGCACGGGAGUGUGCGUAAUAAUCGAAAAAGUCUUCACAUAUGCGAAAGGCAUUUUCCAGAGAAAUACGUUGAAAAAGAGUAUAAAUGUAUCGACAGCGAUGGAAAUCCACUGCUCGAGCGCAAGUUUCUAAAGGUUAGGCUGCUGAAUGGCGCUGUUCCCAUGUAUCCUGCUCAACAAGAUGUAAAUGUUGUCCCAGGAGAGUCCACAUUGGAUUGCUCGUUAUUGAAAGAUGUAACCAACACUGCUAAUGUGGACGAUGAAGAGCACUCAGAAAUUACAGCAAAAGAUGUUAAUGAGUCUAUGGAGGAACUGAUGAUUUGCACCAGUUCUGAUGAAUCCAUCGAAGAAGAGAUAAUCGAUGAGCCAAAUCAAGUAUUUUACCGGCACAAUGAAAUUUUAUUUUAUGACGUAUUUAGUGAGGCAUCAACCCUUCAACUACCAGAUAAAUCGUGGGGCAUUCAUCGAGUUGAAACUCCAAGAAAGACAAUCUGUGUCACUCAGAUGGAAAGAGUGCCGAAUGAGAAAGAAGCACCACUUGUAGCAGUGAAACAGAUUGUGUUUUACGAGAAUCUUAAUUUUAACACAUAUAUUUAUGAUCGAUCAAUCCCCAUACCAAGAGCAAAUCCAAAGAGCACCAGAGACAUGGAAUCUCUCAUUGCAUAUUUCCAUGCUAUCAAAGUGUGUAGAGGAGGCCCACCUGUAGCGAUGUAUAAGGGUAUUGUCCUUCGAUGCGCUUAUAAGGAUAAGAUAAAUAGAUGGCGACACAACCUUUGUCCAUUAAAAACGCAUGGUGAAAAUAUGUGUAAAUUUUGUGUUAAGGUAUACAGAAACGCAGAUGCUUGUAUAUUUUUCAAAACAAAGGGACACAUACCACGAUCACAUCUGUUACCUUCUACAAAAAAAACGAUUGCAAUAUUAAGAAAGUUGAAACGCAGUCAAAUUCAAACACUCUACCGUAAUCAAGUUAAAUUGUCCCAAAUCAACGAAAUGUUAACAGUGCUUUAUCGAAGAGAAAUGUCUUAAUAGAAUAACAUAAAAAACGUGAUGGCAUUGCUCGAUAUACCUAUAAGUCA